UAUCUUCCCGCGUGCCAACAUUGCCAUCCUAUUCUAGAAAGGAAACACUAAUUAUAACGACUUCCCUCGCUCCCGGUCCUUUCUGGUUUCCCAAGUUCUUUCUUAUAGUAGUCAGCAUCAGCAACACAUGGAGAGAGAAGUUAAAAAGCUCUGCGAUUCGUAAGGAGAGAAGAAGAGGAAGUAGCAACGACUCUAGCGAGGGACCUUAUAAAUUCCCCUCUCUUUCGCUUAACUCUUUCCACUUUCUCUCUCUACCUGAAGUAAACGAAGCGACAACGUCCUCUUGCGUUUAACUGGAGUUAUCUCAAGCUUAUGAAGUCCUUAGUGAUCCAGAUAAAAGAGAAAUUUAUGAUCAAUAUGGGGUAGAUGCAUUUAAGGAGGGAAUGGGAGGAGGUGGUGGUGGUCAUAGUCCAUUUGAUCUUUUUAAAUCAUUUUUUAGCAGAGGUGGUUUUGGCGGUGGUGGCAGCUCAAUAGGAAGAAGGCUGAAGCAAGGUGAAGAUAGAGUGCACUCUCUGAGGGUUUCCUUAGAGGACUCGUACAAUGGAACAUCCAUGAAACUCUCUAGAAACAUUUUGUGUGCCAAAUGUAAAGGGAAAGGUUCAAAGAGUGGAGCCUCUGGUACAUGUCAUGGCUGCCAAGAUUCCGGAAUGAAAGUUCCAAUUCAACAGAUCGGAUUGGGCAUGGUCCAACAAAUGCAGCAGCAUGUGUGCCCUGAAUGCAGAGGUUCAGUGAGAAGGAUAAAUGCCCCCUAUGCAGAGGGAACAAGCCUGACUCAAUUACAAGGGGAUGUUGUUGCUGUACUGCAAUUGAAAGAGCACCCCAAUUUUGAACGGAAAUUGGAUGAUCUCUAUGUGAAACGCACUAUCAAUUUAACAGAGGCUCUUUGUGGGUAUCAGUUUUCCCUUACUCAUCUUGAUGGUCGGCAGCUUCUUAUCAAAUCAAAUCCUGGUCAGUACAAAGCAAUUAAUGAUGAAGGAAUGCCACAUUAUAUCAGGCCCUUCAUGAAGGGCAAGCCUUAUUUCCGUUUUAAUGUGGAGUUCGCUGACUCUGGGAGUCUAUCCCCCCUCAGCAGUGCGAAGAGACAAUUAUGCAUGAUGUCAAUUUGGAGGAGGAGAAAAGGCAGCACCAGCAGCAGGAGGCAUAUGAUGAGGAUGAAGAACCAUCCACGUCCUGAGUGCAGUGUACCCAACAGGAAGCCAUAUAUCACAGUUUGUCUAUCAAGCUGAAUCCUGCAAUGAUGGGUUAGCAUCGAUUUAUAAUCUGUAGUGUGAAGACAUAAUUUGUUCUACAUAUUCGUCUUCUCAAGUUAAUUAUAUUCGAUUUAUAAUCUGUAGUGUUUCUAGUUAGAUUCUUUACCCUCACUUUAUGUUGCGUAUUUAUGGUUUGUGUUAUCUAUCUCGGUUAGUCUCAUGUUUUUGACAAUAAAAUUAAGAUGUACCAAUAUUCAUAAUAGACAUAAAAAGAUUCAUAGAUGUUU